CACUGCAACACCACUGCGAAUUAUUUUCCCGGAUGGUUCACGAAGCUCAGAAGUUGUUGGUGCACGGCAAACAAGUUGACGGAAGUCGAGCCCUUUUGUUUGCCCUUUUGUAGCGGCCAUGCGCAGGUGUGCCCAGCUAGCUUGGGAAGCGAGAGCCGCUAGUAGUUUUCCUUCACGAUAAAUGUUUUGUUAACUAUCUACAUUAAUAACCCACCUUAACGACACCCAAGUUUGUUUGUUUGUUGUUUUUUUUUUUUUACUCUGGAGAAAGCGUCGCGUGAAGAGGAGAAAAUAGGGUUAGGGUCUGACUUCCAGGUGUCAUUUUCGACGUUUAUACUACCUACUUUCAACAACAACAACAAAGGCUUUUGUGAUAUGACACAUGAAAACGGAGGCAAAAUCGUCAUGGAGGAGUUUUUUAAAACGGUAGGUGAGCUGAGGAGCCUCAUGCAAAAGAUGUCCAGUCAAGUGGAAGAAGUGGAAAAAAGGCAAAGUAGCCUCCUUGCUUCCUCCAACCCGGAUAAGAAAUCCAGAGAUGAGUUGGAGCUGCUGACCAACAAAAUCAAGACUGAUGCAAACUUGUUCCGAGCCAAGUUAAAGGCAUUGCAGGAUGCUUUUCCUGGGAACUGCAGUGACAGUGGUUCAUCGGUUAUGCAACGGAUUAGGAACAAUCAGCACGCGCACAUGACUCGCUGCUUUGCUGAGCUCAUGACGAGUCACCACAACGCACAGGUGGCCUUCAGGGAGAAAUGCAAAGGCCACAUUCAGAGACAGCUGCAGAUUGUGGACAAAGUAACCACAGACGAGGAGCUGGAGGAGAUGCUGAACUGCCGCAAUGUGACCAUCUUCAUAUCGGAUAUUGUCGGCUCUGGUGCUUGUAUUUCGAGCAAGGCUCUGAGCGACAUCAAAUCUCGUCACGGGGAUAUAAUUCGCCUGGAGGCAUCCAUCAGACAGUUGCACGACAUCUUGGCCGACACCGCCAUGCUUCUGGAGAUACAGGGGGAGUUGAUGAACAGCAUAGAAAAGAACGUGGCGAGUGCCGCAGAGUAUGUGGACCAGUCCAAAGAAGAUACCCAAAAAGCUGUGACGUACAAAAAGAACCCUUACAAGAUAUUCUCCCUGCCGAGAUUCAUCAGAUCCUUCGGAAGGCAAUCGGUGGCCAAAACGGUCUUAGGUUCAAACGUGUCAGACUAAGACCACAAUGGCAGAACUCCUAAUGCUUACGGAACCUUGCCUGCUCAUGACUCACAGUCUCCAACACCUUUUAAAUUAACUCAUUUUGAAGUUAAAUACUAAUAGCAGAGUCAAAUUGAAAGAGACUUGAAUCAAGCGUGCUGAGGGUAAGCAGCAUUUUGACACAAAACACCCCUUUUGCACGUUAAAACCAGAGCCAUUGGAAAACCUAGGCCUCCACUAAGGCCAGAUUUUUUUUUUUUUGGGGGGGGGGGGUAUGUGAUCCAAAUUAAUGUGCAGAGGGUUGAGAUAUCGAGCAGACAUGCAGGCAGCAAGUCAAGCCAGCAGCCGGUGCUUUUAGUGACUUCCCAAUAAGUGCACAGGUUCUUUCAUCUUUCCUGCGCAUUUUUGCUUUGAGUUUAGACAUAUGAGCCCAAACUCUUGAAUAUAAUAAUACAGACUGUCAUACAUUUCUACCAAUAAACUUAACACUGUAUGUGA